AUGUUCAACCGCGGGAGGAAGAUCGUGACUAAGGUAGUGGUGAGCGCGGACGCGCAGCUGCAGCAGCGGUUCGAGGAGAAGGAGCGGGAGAAGCGGAGGGAGAAGGAGAAGGAGAAGGAGCGAGAGAAGCCGGGCCCCCGGCCGUCGGAGUGGGACUAUUUGACGACCGUCGUGCAGCAGAACCGCGUCGCGCAGCGAAAGGUGUGCUGCCGUAGGAAAGCGCGAAAGGUGGGUAGCGACCCUGUCAACCCUCCGCCCCCUCCUCCACUCCACCCCCUUUCUCCCCCCUGGUCCCGCCCUCUCUCUCCCUUCCUCCCUCUCCCUUCUUCCCCCUUCCCGCUCGUCCCUCCCCCACAUAUCCCCCCACUUACCCUGUUCCCCCUCCCCCUUCCCGCUCCCCUUUUCUGCGCCCAACCCCUUCAGCUCCAGGCGAUUGGAGGGACAUUCGGGCAACCGGGGGAAGCAAGCGGGGAGGCGCAACCCCUCCCCGCUCCGCACACAGAAUCCUCUCCCGCAGCAGCAGUCGCGCCAGCUGCGCCUGGGGGGAAGGCGGAAGAAGAUUUAUCCAACAGUGGAGAUGUGCAGUCGUACACGCAGCACGCUCAACGGCCAGGAUUCGUCCAAUCGCACGGCUCUCUGCUGUUCCUGGAGGAGAGGAGCUACAAGUUCUUGGGGGUAGCGGAUAAUAUCUUUGACUUUUUUGACCAGCCAGACGGGGGGAAUGGGGAGAGGAAGGCGGGAGAGGAGAGGGAAGAGGAGCCGGAGGAGGGGACUGGGGAGGGAGGGAGGGAAGAGGCGGAAGGAGGAGGGGGGAAGGGAGGGGCCGUGAAUAGUCUGCUGGGCCAAUCAUGUAGCUGCUUGAUGACCGAGCAGACGUUUGCGUGCCUGGUGGCAGCGUGUGAGAGUUCAGAUCCGCAGCUGUCGAACCCCAUUCUGAUCAAGACAGUGAAACGAGCCCGCCCCCUGUACGCCAUAGUGCAUCGAUCAGACGAGGGCCUGCCCGCCCCCUCCCGCCCCCUGUACGCCAUAGUGCAUCGCUCAGACGAGGGCCGGGUGGUUGACACAGAGCGGGGCCCCCGCCCCCUGUACGCCAUAGUGCAUCGCACUGACGAGGGCCUCGUGGUUGACGUAGAGCCGUGUGUCUCAAGCCCUCUCUCUCCCCCACCCCCCCUUCACAAAACCCCUCGUUCCCCCACACCAAUAACAGCCCGCCCUCUGUACGCCAUAGUGCAUCGCACAGACGAGGGGCUGGUGGUUGACGUAGAGCCGUGCGUGGGAGGGGAGGAGUGGGCGCAGAGGUGGAAGAAGAAGGGAGGAAAGGCGGCGGCGCGUGCGAGUGAGGCACGAGGGAAAGUUGAAGGGGGGAGUGUGGGAGAACCAGGAGGAAAGGCACGUAGCGGCAUUGUGGAUGCGUCUGGAAGUGGUGGGGAGGCGAGGGAUGGGGAAGCGAAGGAUGGAGCGGAAUCGUGGAGGUGUUUGAAUGGGUUUGUAAAAGGUGAAGGAGAUGAGAGUCGUCAGAACCAAGGGGAGAAGGGGGAGAAACGGGAGGGGGAGGAGAAGAAAGGGGAAGAGGAGGAGAAAGGGGAGGAGGAGAAGAAAGGGGAGGAAGAGGAGGACGAGGAAGAGGAGGACGAGGAAGAGGAGGAGGAGGAGGAGGAGGAGGUGGAUAUGUCGAUGUUGGAUUGGUCUGCUCUGGACAAGCACGAGAGGACGAGUGCGAGCAUUGCCAAGCUGCAAGACAUCGAUGAUGACAUGCCCAAGCUGUGCGAUACCCUCGUGCAGGUAUGUGCAAGGAGGAAGGGGACGAUGACAUGCCCAAGCUCUGUGACACGCUCGUGCAGGUUAGUCCGAUCCGAUCACUUGAGAGUGCUCCUCCCCAAGAGUGCACAAGAGGCCUCUCUCGUGUUCUCUCCUUCAUUCCACUCCCUCCAAUCUGCGAGCAUCGCAAAGCUGCAAGACAUUGACAACGACAUGCCGAGGCUGUGCGACGCGCUCGUGCAGGAGCUGCGGGAGCUGGCAGGGUAUGACCGGGUGCUGCUGUAUCGAUUUGAUGAGGACUUGGCAGCUGCGAGAGCUGGCAGGGAGCUGCGGGAGCUGGCAGGGUAUGACCGAGUGCUGCUGUACCGAUUUCAUGAGAACCUGAGCUGCGUGAGCUCGCAGGGAAAGAGUGCUGCUGUACUGAUUCCACGAGGAGUGGGGGAGAGGGAACUGAGAGCUGCGAGAGCUGGCAGGGAACUGCGGGAGCUGGCAGGAUACGACCGAGUGCUGUUAUACCGAUUCCACGAGGACUUGCACGGGGAGGUGGUAGCAGAGGCCAAGUCGGACGCUCAGGCGUCGCUGCUGGGGCUGCACUACCCCGCCACCGAUUGCCCCCAGGUCAACCGCACGAUGUUUGUAGAUGUGCGGCUGAGAUUGAUCGCAGAUGUCACGGCGCCAGAUGUGCAUAUCAUCCAGCACCCCUCGCUCAGCAAGAACAUCAACCUCUCCAAGUCAACCCUCAAGGGCGUGUCCAGCUGUCACAAGGAGUACUGCGCCAGCAUCGGCAUCGGAGCGUCGCUGGUCAUGGCGGUGGUGGCUUUCGCCCUGCAGCUGGCCAUGGAGCUAGAGGCAGCGGAGCAUGCAGCGGAGUGGCUCACUUCUGACUGUCCCCCAUCCCUUCCUCUCUCGUCACCCCAUCUCCCUCACUCAUCUCCAGGCCUUCGCCCUGCAGCUCGCCAUGGAGCUAGAGGCAGCGGAGCAUGCAGCGGAGCAACUCUCUUGAACGUUCUCAACCUUAUCCCAUCCAUCUCCAUUCAUCUUCCCCACUACCAGGCUUUCUCCCUGCAGCUCGCCAUGGAGCUAGAGGCAGCGGAGCAUGCAGCGGAGCGGCUCACUUCUGACUGCUUUCGCCCUGCAGCUCGCCAUGGAGCUAGAGGCAGCGGAGCAUGCAGUGGAGCGACUCGCUUGUCUGACCGUCCCUCAUCCCUCCUCACCGCUCCCCAUUCCCCUCGACCCUUAUCUCUUCACCAUCAGGCCUUCGCCCUGCAGCUGGCCAUGGAGCUGGAGGCGGCGGAGCAUGCAGUGGAGCGAAGUAAUCCUUUCAAACUCCUCGACCUUACUGUAUCUACCUCUUGUCUCCCCACCCGGCCCUCUCACCACCAGGCCUUCGCCCUGCAGCUGGCAAUGGAGCUGGAGGCGGCCUUCGCCCUGCAGCUGGCAAUGGAGCUGGAGGCGGCGGAGCAUGCAGUGGAGCGGCGCACGAUGCAGAUGCAGGCGAUUCUGUGUGGCAUGCUGUCCAGGGAUGUGCCGCUGGGCUUGGUGCCAUCAAUCGGGGCGGUGCUGCUUUGGGCCACAGUGGUGCCUUUCGCACCCACUCCCUCCGUCCCUCACUCCCUCUGUCCCUCACUCCCUCCAUCCCUCCCUCCCUCCGUCCCUCACUCCCUCCGUCCCUCAGUCCUUCCGUCCCUCACUCCCUCUGACCCUCACUCCUCCCUUCUUCCCUCCCCCCUCACUACCUCACUCUCUCCCUCACUCACUCCCUCACUCCCUCCCUCACUCACUCCCUCACUCACACUCCCCGAGGUGCCAUUGGACAGGGCGGUGCUGCUAAUGGCCGCAGUGGUAACCACAAGUGCCAUCGGACGGGGCGGUGCUGCUGCAUGCGGGCAAGGCGUGGUAACCACAAGUCAACACAAGUCAACGCCCUCCCCCCCUCGCCCUCCCCCAGGUGCCAUCGGACGGGGCGGUGCUGCUGCAUGCGGGCAGGGCGUGGUGGGUGCCAUCGGACGGGGCGGUGCUGCUGCAUGCGGGCAGGGCGUGGUGCCAUCGGACGGGGCGGUGCUGCUGCAUGCGGGCAGGGCGUGGUGGGUGGGGGCGUGCCCAGCAGAGGAGGACAUGAAGGAGAUAGCGCGCUGGCUGCGCCUCAAAGACACCCACCUGCUCCAACACACCGUCUUUGUCACAAAUUCUCUCGAGCAAGCCGGGCUGCCCUUUGCCUCCCGCCUCGCCCCGGCUGUGUGCGGGCUGGCUGCUGCUAUGGUGUCGAGCCGAGGGGAUUUCCUCAUGUGGUUCCGAUCCGACACCCACCUGCUGCAACACACCGUCUUCGUCACCAACUCUCUGGAGCAAGCCGGCCUGCCCUUUGCCUCGCGCCUCGCCCCAGCUGUGUGCGGGCUGGCUGCUGCGAUGGUGUCGAGCCGAGGAGACUUUCUGAUGUGGUUCCGCUCGGCGGUGUGCGGGCUGGCUGCUACGAUGGUGUCGAGCCGAGGAGACUCCCUCAUGUGGUUUCGUCCAGGCAUCGAGCGGAACAUCACGUGGGCGGGGCACAAGGACAGCCAUACAGUGCGGGAGGGAGCCACCAUGCAUCCCCGCAACUCGUUUGCAGCUUACCUCGAAGUGGUUAAGCUGCAGAGCCAGCCCUGGACUGAUGCUGAGGUUGACGCCAUGCAAGGGCUGCGCCUCAUAGUGAAGGACUCGCUGCCCCACCCCGAGCCUCAGGACCUGAAGCUCAAGAUCCAGGCUCAGCUGAAUGCAGAGCGCCUGACCAUCCAAUCCCAAUUGAAAGAGGUGGCCCGCACACUCGAGAAUCAGCUCGAAUCCGCCCACACGCCCAUCAUCGGCAUCAGCAGCGACGGCACCGUCACCGAGUUCAACAGCAAGGCCGCCCACAUCACCCGGAGGGCCAAGAGCGAGGUUCUCGGGAGCAACUUCUUCUCGAGUGUGCUUGCUCCCGAGUCUCACGCACACUUUGUUGCGGCUAUGGAGGUGUUAGCGGAAGGGGAUGACGUUCAGCCGUUUGAUGUUGCUCUGCUGGCGAGGUCUGCUGAUUCUGUUGAUGCUGCUGCUGCUGCCUCUGCUGCUGCUGCUGCUGGAGCUGCUGCUGCUGGGGGUGGAGCAGGAGGAGCAGGAGGAGGAGGAGGAAAGGGAGGAGGGGUGGUGGGGGAGUUGGAUCGGUUGGUGCAUGUGCUGGUGAGCGCGUAUGGGCAGCACGACCGGCAUGGGAACCUGAUGAGCGUGCGGCUGAUGGGGCAAGACAUCACCGCUCUCAAAGUGCUGGCGGGAGAGGUGAGAAAGGCAAGGGAGAGGGGGAAAGCGGGGGAUGUGCAGAGGGAUGGGCAGAGGGACAGUCGAAUACAGAGGGGGGCAUGGCUGGCAGUUUGGUGA